CGUCACCUCCGCUCAGCAAUGGCGGCCGCCGGCUCGUCUCCUGACACUGCUAUGGGACAAACCUAGCGGCAUUUACGACGAUACCGUUAAAAACAAGAUGUUUAAAUGAAGCAGGAGUGUAAAUGCGUGUCGUGGCUUCCAGAAUAGAGACGUCACGGUUGAUACAGACGCGAACAGACUCUUUUUAGACGUUUUUACGGGUUUGUUUUUCCAAAGAGCGGCAGGGACUUCUCUUCUCGCGAUACUUCGUCUUUGAGCGGUCAGCGUGUUCUUGCAGCUGAGCAGCAGAGCAGAGCGGAAGUGCAUUUCAGCGUGUAACUUGGGUGCUACCUUCUGUGAUGGAAAACACAACUGAUGACUACAGGAUCCAGUCUUUUGACCUGGACACACAGAUGUUGCUGAAAACAGCCUUGAAAGAUCCAAGUUCAGUGAACCUGGAGAAGGUCUCCGACAUCAUUGUGGAUCAGUCUUUGAAGGACCAGGUUUUCAGCAAAGAGGCCGGACGCAUCUGCUACACCAUCGUUCAGGCCGAGGCCAAGCAGAACAAUGGGAACGUGUUCAGGAGGAACGUGUUGAACCGCCUCCAGCAGGAGUUCAAGAAGCGCGAGGAGACGAGGGGCCGCUCGCUGCAGGAGUGGGUGUGCUACGUCACCUUCAUCUGUAACGUCUUCGACUACCUCAAGGUGAACAACAUGCCGAUGGUGGCUCUGGUGCAUCCUGUGUACGACUGUCUGAUCAGACUGGCCCAACCAGACGCUCUGAUGAACGAAGAGGAGGUGGACUGCCUGGUGCUGCAGCUGCAUCGCAUCGGGGAGCAGCUGGAGAGGGUGAACGGCCCGCGGAUGGACGAGCUGUUCUUCCUGCUGCGGGACGGCUUCCUGCUCCAGGAGGGCCUGACCUCCAUGGCCCGUCUGCUGCUGCUGGAGAUCCUGGAGUUCAGGGCCGGAGGCUGGGUGCUCAGCGGCACCGCCCACAAGUACUACUACAGCGAGAUAGCCGACUAGGAUCGCUGGGUG